AUGCUCUCAGUCAGAUUUGGCUCGGCACAAAUAGCGCUUCCUACUCCAGACCCCAAGUCUGGACUUAGUCACUCCAAUGGUCCUGGAGCUACUAUUCUCUUUGCUGUCAUUGGUGUAAUGUUUGCGUUGGUUCUGAUUGCCAUAACGAUCGGAGUUUUCAGAGCCCACCAGAAUCCCGAGCGGUACGGCCCUCAACCAGCAAGGCCAGGACGGCCAAAGCAAAGCCGAGCGAAGGGCCUCACAAGAGCCGUGAUUGAGAGCAUCCCAAUUGUCAGAUUUAGCGAGAACAACGACAAUGACGCAAACGCAGCCGCCCAGAGAGAUAUCGAGCUGGCGGUCGCUAAUCCAGACAAUCGUACCCAAUCGGCCACCGUUGACGCCAAUAACCCUUCUUCCGACCCCUACGCAAUUAUCGUCAACUCUAACAUAAGCACUAAUGCACCGGCGACGACGACUGAAGGUCUAUCAGCUGCUCAACCAACUUUCCAGACUCGUUCCGGCAGCCUCGAAUGCUCAAUAUGCUUAGAGGUAUUUGUCGAAAACGAAGAGAUUCGUGUACUCCCCUGUAACCACAAAUUUCACCCCGUCUGUAUCGAUCCUUGGCUUCUGAAUGUAUCAGGAACAUGCCCUAUAUGCCGCUACGACCUCCGUCCCCAUACUACUGACUCGAACACCGCAGCUACCUCAACCGAUGAACCUCUUCCUCCACCUCCACCAUACGAAGUCAGCGACAACAUUCCAGCCAUAUUGAGAUUCCGCGAACUCCGCCGGGCGCACGCCGGCCCCGAAGAGUAUAUUGCUGCACUUCGCCAGUUAUACCAUGAACUCGAGAACCACCGCGCAUCUCAUGCUUCCACUAGUACUGAAGCUGCUGCGCAUCAGGAAACAAGGCCAACGUCAAGGUUACGUGAUGCAUUCCACAUACAGACAGGGCCACCUGAAUCGCACCAGACCCUGCCAGACGACGUAAUAAGAGCGCUGAGCCCACCAUCACGGAUCGUAUAG